CUAAUUCCUUAACUAUGUGCAUUGCAGGAGCUCAUCUGCUACCUUGCAUCAGUAGCACCCAGUUCCGUUCCUGAAGCACAGGUGAAGUCCUUAAUGUGUGCCUUAGCUCAACAGAGUGUGGAGCCUGUGGAUAAUGUGUGCCGCCUGGCGAUAACGACUUUCGUUGAGCUGCUGUACAAUGUGCCUGACAUUCCAUACGUUCCCCACCGAGAUGAAGCACGCAAGAUCCUGCCUGCCAACCUGUGUAGCAUUAUCAACCUUCGGCACGCCAAGGAGACAUUCCCCUACUGGAGCCAGAUGCUGAUGCUUGACUCAUACCGCGAGCCCCUGCUCAAGGGCUUCCUCGUCAGUGUGGGCGGCAUGUCCGAUCAAUUCUUCAUUUUUGGCAAGGAAACUCUGCUGUCGUUCUUUGGCACUGUCAGACAGGACCGCACACUUGGAGAGUCGGUGUAUGGAUUCCUCACUGGACUGUUAAGAGACCAAGCAUUCGUGAACAGGGCACUGGCGAAGUAUCUCAAAGCCAUGGACCACCUCGCAGUUUCUGGUGCCUUCGCAGGAGCUCCACCUGAAUUUACUGAGGUGCUGCAGCGGGAGGCCUGGCUUAAAGCACACAGGUCAAAGUCUUUUCAGAAACUCGAGGCCUUGUCAAGCUUUCUUGCCACCUGGAUCCAGUUUGAAGGAAACGUCAGGAAGAAAGUUCUCGUCAAGCUCUUUCAGUUUCUGGAGCAUCGUUGGAGCAAAGUGCGCAUGGCAACUGCGCUCCGGCUGUGCGAAUCUCUCUUGCUGUACCCAGUUCUGGAAGAUGAAGAAAAGCUUGAGGAGGCUUGCAGGCUUCUCUCAGAGGCCCGCUGGGACGACACCGAUUUUGGCAUCCCCGUUAAAAGGCUGAGGAGUCUGUUUGAGAUGGACAGCGACAGCUAGUGAACAACUGCGCCCAUUACUUGGCUUCUCACAUAUUCUGUAAUGAUUGUGAGGUUUCUAUUAUUUAUUUAAUAAAUAAUACUUCGGACAUGUCA